CAUGACUUUGCCCUCUGCGAUUUUAAAUAGCUGUUUAACCCCGGUGAGCUUUCUUCUCCAAUAGCAGAAGGAUGCCCCCCCCACAGUCGGCCAUGGCUCAUCUUAAUUGCAAAAUCUGUCUCCGGCGGUAUGUGGGUGUCUUUCUCAUGUGUGUCCACGUCAGGGUGAGCCGACACGGCGCAGCCCGGCCGUGGGAAAGCAGACUCGUCCAGCCACGCUUUGUCUGCUCCCCCGGGGAAUCCUGCCAACCCCUUAAAUGUUUAAGGAGAUCCUUUGAGCCCAGGGAUGCUCACCGUUACUCUCCCUGAACCAGAGUCUGCUCGGCCAUUAAGUCUGCGCCUCAUUGAUUUUGGCGGAUGGGCUGCACUUCUCUUUAUUGCUGUUCAGGAGUACAAUGAAAGCAAUUGGAAGCCACUUGAGCCCCAAGACGUUAAAAGGUAUGAUAUUUGAGUCGUGCCCUUGUCUCUGGAAGGGAGAGGGGGAGUCGAAGGAGCCUGCCGAGUCACUGGGCCCCCCCACGAAGCCUGAGGACCAGGCCGAGCAGAAGGCGCAGGGGGGGCGAGCUCCAGUCGGGGGCUCCUGGAGGAGGUGGAUGUUGGGUGUGCUGCCUUUCUUUACCCUCGCUGGUGCCAUCGCAUUGACCCUCCACUUCUCAGCAUCUCCGCCCUCCUCGGUGUUCUUCCUCGGCGGCAGCGUGGAGUUCCCGAACCUGAGCUUCUCCUCGGAGCUGAGUGACUCCGCCUCCCCUCAGUUCCGCCUGCAGGCCCGGGCUCUGAACCCUUAUUUCUCUGAACUCUACGAGUCUUCGCCUUGGAGCUCUUACUACCUGCACUCAGGAAUUACUGCCUUCAGUGAAGGAGCUGAAGGGCUCAAUGUCUUCUACUGGAGUAAAUUCUCCGCCCCGGACGACGUUGCCGCGGCGAUCAAGAGGUCCGGGCCCGAGCGACUGCAGCGCCGGCUCCCUGGCAGCAACAAGGUGCAGCGGGACAGCCGCAACGAGCAGCGCUAUUACAUGGAGCCAGAUGACGACACGCUCCACCUGCUGGGUUUGGACCCUGACGACUUUGAAUCAGAGGACAAAUCUGACAAGAGCAAGAACCCGAACAGCAUCCAAGGUGGGAAGUGGCAGCUCGGCUUCCAAGCAAUGUCCUUUGACCUUUAUGCCAAAUAUGGCAACAACCGCACCCUGAGCCUGGUGAGUCCCAAGAAGCCGUACUACCAGUGGCGUCUCCGCGUGCCGUCGGGUCACGUGGUUCGACUGGUCAUCCUCACGCUGCACGGCGCCACGCCGGGAAGCUGCACCGCCCACAAGCUGUCGGCCUACGACUUUCUGCUUCCAUUACAGAACAAGAUAAUCGCACGGUGGUGCGGGUUGCCUAUUUCCGGUUCGUCGCCCGUCAUGAAGCUGACAUCCUCUGGGAAUGUGAUGUUGGUCACCUUCUCCUUCAGCAGACAGAGGGAUGGAGCGGUCUUCAAAGCGUACUUCCAAGCUAUCCCGAGAGCAGGUUGUGGAGGGUCGAUUUCCUCCUGGAACGGCUCUAUUUCCUCCCCCUACUAUCCCUCCUAUUACCCUCCUAACGUAGACUGCACCUGGACACUACGGGCGCCGUUGCCAGGAUACUUGAUCUCCAUGACGAUCGUGGCGAUGGACAUUCAGGAUUCCCGCUCGUCAGACGGUUGUGAGAAAGACUGGCUGGACAUCGGAGGGGUCAAACUGUGUAAUCCCGUGUCAGACAGCAGCAAAAAGCGAGUCUACUCCUCUCCUCUCUCCCUCCACUUCCAUUCGGACGAGUCUCUCACCCACAAGGGCUUCUACUUGCUCUAUCGCGCCUUCUCUCCCGAGGGCACUUGUCCUCGGCAGUUCCGUUGUGGCGAUGGAGGCUGCAUCCCUUUGAGGAAGGUGUGUGACGGAGUGAAAGACUGCUCGGACGGACGGGACGAGGCUAAAUGCUCAUCCUGCAGGCCAGGGGAGGUGCUGUGUGGGAACGGCCAGUGUAAGCCUCAAAGCAGCCAGUGUGUGAGCCAGAGCACCUGCGCAGACAGCAGCGAAGAGGGCGCCUGUGGAGGUAAAUGUCCCCACAUGUGUUCCAACAAAGUGUGUCUGCCAAAGUCUUCGGUGUGCAACGGUGUGAUCGACUGCAAAGACCGCAGCGACGAACUCAACUGUACCAGAGCGUACCUCAAAGGCUGCUCCUCAUCCUCAUACAAAUGUGCCAAUGGAAAGUGUGUAAGUAAGGUGAACCCCGAGUGUGACGGCGUCAAAGACUGCUUUGACGGCUCCGAUGAGCUGCGCUGUGGCUGCGGCACCAGGCCCAGGAAGCGCACCAAGAUAGUGGGCGGCUCUGAUGCCGGGGCGGGGUCGUGGCCGUGGCAGGUCAGCCUCCAGAUGGAUCGUUACGGACACGUCUGCGGCGCCACGCUGGUCGCCAACCGCUGGCUGAUCUCCGCAGCUCACUGCUUCCAGGACUCGGACGCAAUCAAAUACUCGGACGCCCGUGCGUGGCGGGCCUACCUGGGAAUGCGGCUGAUGACCACGGGGAACAACGGGGCCGCCACCAGGCCCAUCCGGCGGAUCCUCCUUCACCCGCAGUACGACCAGUUCACCUCCGACUACGACAUCGCGCUCCUCGAGCUCAGCGCGCCGGUCUUCUUCAAUGACCUGGUGCAGCCCGUGUGUGUCCCCGCCCCCUCGCACACCUUCUCGACGGGGACCAGCUGCUACGUCACAGGCUGGGGGGUCCUCAUGGAAGACGGUGAGCUGGCCGCUCGCUUGCAAGAGGCCACGGUGAAGAUCAUCAACAGGAAGACUUGCAACAAACUGUACGACGAGGCCGUCACUCCCAGGAUGCUGUGCGCCGGGAACCUACAAGGAGGGGUGGACGCCUGCCAGGGUGACUCCGGAGGGCCUCUGGUGUGCCUGGAGCGAGGCAGGCGGUGGUUCCUGGCGGGGAUCGUGAGCUGGGGCGAGGGCUGUGCGAGGCAGAACCGCCCCGGUGUCUACACACAGGUGGUCAAGUUCACUGACUGGAUUCAACAGCAGACUAAAGGACAGGUGUAACUGAAUAUCACGUGGAGAAAAAAAAAAAGACGGAAUUAAUACAGGUUUCAGACCCUAGUUCGUCUUCAUAUUCAGUCAUUUCUUUUUUCCAUGGCCACGGGACCAGCGAGGGCCGCAUCCCUGCCCCACAGCAAACAUCUUUCCUUACAAAAGUGCUGUAAAAAUACAAGUUACAGAGCAAAAAAAUACCCAUUUCCGUUAAAGAGUCCUAUUACCUUUGAGUCUUCACUGUCUGCACACUUGUAGACUCUGUGUUGAUAUUUUCUUUAAUAUAUAUGUCUCCUCAAUCAGAUGGAGAGGUCAGGCCAAAGCACGACAACCAGCCGGGUGAUCCUGUGUGUCAAUGUAGCCUUUACAUCGUCUCUGUUCUGCCUGCUAGAUUUUUUAUUUUUCACUUUGGAGAUUGUGACUGUUUGGUGACCACAUACCCCAGCAGUCCUUUUUUUUAUGUGGAAAAAGUUCUCUCCCCACAUGUAACCAUAUAUAUUAUUGCCAUCUACAUUCGCCCAUGUACUGUAUGUGCGUGUUUAAGAGUUGUACUGUAUUUGUAUUUUUGUGCAUUUGUAUAUCAUCAGUUCAUCUCAGAGCCUUAAAUUCAAUAGAUUCUGUACGUGUAGAGAAGUGAAUAAUCCCUCAAUAGGAUGUGAUAAUAUAUUUGGUAUUUCAGUCAUACUGGGAUUUAAUUUAUCUCUGUGGUGCCUCGUUUGUACUUUAUCCUCCAUGAAAAGUGUGAUCCCAGCUCCCUUUAAAGACCUGAUGCCGUGGAUGCUGCAUGGCGUAAGGAGUAGUGAGAUUAUUAGAAGAGCGGCCAACCAACCAUUCCUAUGAGGUCACACUGUUUCUGUUUCUCCGGAAGUCAACUCUCAUUCAGCUCACAUCGCCACCCAGUGGCCUGUCUGCGCCAUUGCUUUAUGUCUCGAGGGCUGCAGCUCACUGCCAAGGGAUCCAAAAACACGCAGCUUGCAUCAUGGUUUCAUUUUGUUGUAUGCUUUGACAUUAAAGACAUAAGACU